AUGGCCGACGCGGCGCGUGUUUUUUUAAAUUUUACGCAGGGGUGGCCCCGUUUUGGCCCUGGCCGAGCCGUGCGCACCGCGCGGCCGAAGCCAACGGCGGCGAGCGGCGUCGGAAAAGGGGAAGUUCCGCGAACGGACGAACCACCCCUCGGGCGGCGUUUCCCUCUUCUGCGGGUGCUGCCGUUGUCCUCGGUGAUUGCCCAGGGCUAUGAAGGUGAAAAAGGAGGGCCGUCGACGUCUCUGUUGGCCCUUUUUUUGUCUUGUUCGGCCUUUAUGACCUUUUCCAUCCCCCUCGGGGCCUCCUGCGAUGAGGCCAAGACGCUUCGGUCGAUGAUUUGGGGGGGCUGUCGGCCGGAGGGGCUCCGCCCGGCGGCCUGGCGGCUUCUUUUGGGCUACACCCCCCCCACUCUCCGCCGCCAGCCCCACGAACUUCUGCGAAAGCGGGCCAUCUACGAGGAGUACAUCCACCAAUACAUCCAACUCUCCGAGGUGGAGGCCCACAUCGCGCAAAUCAGCGCCCGGCGCGGGGAGGGCGACCUGCACGACGCCGCGGGGGAGGCCUCGACGAGCGGGGUCUUUUCCUUUUCCCUCUCAACCUCAGGGGGGGGGUCGAGUUUGAUUCCGCACGAAAAGGCCAUCCUCCACCAAAUCGCGCGCGACCUCCCGCGGCAUCGGGCCUCCGUCUACCACUGCGGCCGCACCCUCGCCGCGAUGGCGCGAAGUUUGUUUCUCUGGUCCCAACGGCAUCCCGCGGUGGGGUAUGUGCAGGGCAUGGACGACCUUCUCGGCGUUUUUUUCCAAAUUUUCCUCGCCGACGGCCUUCGCCAGCGCGCGUUCGAGCAAGAUUCGUCCUUUCCCACCGCGGAGGCGGCGGAUGAGGGAAUUUUGCGGGAUUUGACCGCCCCGGGGAUUAUUACGGGCCCGACCCUUCAGGGGUGGGGUGUGGAUCGUCUGAACGCCGCCCUCGUGGAUUUGCCCGAGGCCGAUCUUUUACAAAUCGAGGCGGAUACUUAUUGGUGUGCGAGCCGGGUGCUGUCGUUGCUUCAAGACAAUUACGUCCCCGGACAAAAAGGCUUGAUUAAGAGCGCGACGCGGCUGGAGGGGAUUUUGGCCACAGCCGACCCGAUUUUAUUCACAUUUUUGAGCCAAAGCGGGGUUCGUCUUUUGGAUAGCUGCUUUCAGUGGAUUCACUGCCUGCUCGUGCGGGAGCUCCCGCUGCCUCUGCUUCUACGUCUGUGGGAUACCUAUUUCGCCGUCGGCGAUGACCACUUGCUUCGGUUUCAUCUUUAUAUUUGCGCGGCGUUGGUGAUGAAUUUGCGUUCCGCCCUUUUGGGCUCGACGAUGGAUCAGGUGAUGUUGAUUAUGAAGAACCCGUUCGACUACGCGAAAUUUCCCGCGGAAGGGCAUCCUAAACGAUCCAUCCCCCCCGAGGAGGGCGGUAAGGCCGCGAUGGGGUUUGAGGAGCCUCCAAAAGAAGAAAGUUUAUGGCUGGAGAUCCUCAUCGCGGAGGCAUAUCGGCUUUGGCGGCAAUAUCCAUCCCUCUAG